CGAAUCCCACUUAUUCCUGGGAUUAAAAGAUUCAAAAGAGAAUAUUUCCAUAAAGCACGCUGGAACUUCAACUGCAUAGGUGGGUCACCUAAUGAUACUACUAUACCUAAACUCAACAACAAGGCUGUUGGUGUUGUUGGGACUAGAGUAAUGGCUACUAAGCUAGUCCCGGCUCUACAGACUUCUAGUAAGUAG